UCCGCCCACUCAAUAAGUUAAUGAGGCUAAUGUUGUGAAAACGAUAUGCUGUGCUCAAAAUAUUUACAUAAUGAUUGGUCUAAAACACCCAGACCCUUAUAUGUAGCAUAUUAUUGUAUUUUAUUAAAUAUAUUACUUUUAUAAUUGAUUUAAAAAGCAACAGUAACGGUAAUAAAAAGCAAUAACAAAGAUUUCGUGCAUUUACAAAGUUGUACGUUUUUCCACGUGAUAACUAUUUCCACCAAAUAAUUAAACAUACACACAAAUAAUAAUAAAACAUAUCAAUAAUAGUUAAAAUAAUAACAAAUAUCAAUGUGAUAUUGUAGUUUGACUUUACUUUGACUUUAUCUGUUUUGAUAAAGGUCAAUAAAAAAUACAGAACAGAAUACUAAAAGCAAAAAAAAUUCUGACAAGUAUACUGUACACUCAGCAGAGGGAUUUUUAAAAAUAACUUUAAUCAGUAAGCCAUUGACAAACAUGUAAAAAAAAAUCAGGCAACCUAAAGUGUGAUUAAUUUGGUUUAAUUAAAAUUAAUUUUGUUGUAUAACUUAAAAAAAUAUUAAAUAUGACUGUAUCAGACUAUCAGCAUGUAUAAGGGUCAAGUAAUAGCUGUAAGAUAACUACAGCAUGUUGUCACUUUUUAAAUGUGUGCAAAGUUUUCAAAGUGAAUAUAGGUUGUUAAUGUUUAUCAUUUAAUAGAUAUUGUUUUAAUUAUUUAGUAGAUCUUUAUCUUUUAAUACAACUUACAAAGCAUGCAAAACAUUGAAUUUGCAUAGUCUUCAAUUUCGGACUAAAUGCAAAUUGACACCAUGAUUAUGACAGGGCUGUGUGUAGGGUAAAACAAACACAUAAUAUUUUUUACAUGAAUGCAUACUUUUAAUGUAAUUUUGUCCAGCUCAUUGCCUCUGGAGUCAAAGGUCUCACUAGUCUAGUGUACUCUUAGGUAAUAAUCCUAUCAAAUGGAGUGAAUGAUCAGAUAAGUAAGUAUGAAAGAAGGCAGGUAGCAGACCAGGACAUGGUACCAGACUUUGACCUCAGACUGAAGAUCCCUGUGCUCUGCUGAUCUCUCGGCCUCUCUUCGGCUCUUGGCGUCUUCGUGAGGUCUGGUUCAGCCAUGAAGAUUGAUUUUGCUCCAUCCAAUUUGCCUAUUGUUAGGAGGCUACAGACUGCGGUCGUAUUGUUAUGGGUCUUCUCUUUUCUGGCCCUUGCCCCCCUUUGUGUAGUAUUGUUCCUCUGCUUGCUAUUCACACGAUUUUGGCUCAUCAGUGUGCUCUAUGCUAUCUGGUGGUAUGUUGACUGGGACACGCCCUCAAGAGGAGGUAGAAAGGUGCAGGUGCUCUGCAAAAUGCGCAUGUGGGAGCACAUGAGGGAUUAUUUUCCCAUAAAGCUGGUGAAGACCGCUGAUUUGGACCCCAGACAAAACUAUGUGCUGGGUUUUCAUCCUCAUGGUAUUCUUGUGGCUGGUGCUUUUACAAAUUUCUGCACAGAGGCCACAGGUUUCAGUAAACUUUUCCCCGGACUAAAGAGAAAUCUCCUGAUGCUUCCUCUCUGGUUCAGAGCUCCAUUCUUCAGGGAUUACAUUAUGAGUGCAGGUCUCGUUCCAUCGGAUAAGGAGAGUGCCAGCUACCUGCUCCAAAGCAAGGGGGUUGGGAACGCUGUGGUCAUUGCAGUUGGCGGUGCUCCCGAGGCUUUGGAUGCCCGCCCUGGUGUCUACAUCGUUCACCUAGCCAACAAAAAGGGCUUUGUUAAGUUUGCAAUAGAGCACGGGGCCAGUUUGGUUCCUGUAUAUUCAUUUGGAGAGAAUGAGGUAUUUGAUCAGGUGGAGAACCCUCGUGGAACCUGGCUGCGGUAUAUUCAAGAGCGCCUGCAAAGAAUCAUGGGUGUUUCGCUGCCGCUUUUUCACGCACGUGGAGUUUUCCAGUACAGCUUUGGCCUAAUGCCCUACAGAAAGCCAAUAAACACUGUUGUGGGACGGCCAAUCAAGGUAGAGAAAAAGGAGAAACCCAGCGCAGAAGAUCUGGACAAUGUUCAUCAACUCUACAUGGAUGAACUUGCACAGCUGUUUGAGGAACACAAAAGAAACUAUGGAGUACCUGAAGACUCUCAUCUGGUGUUUCAAUGACCUGACGGCAUCACUGAAGUGUGUGUGUGCGUGUGUGUGUGUGUGUGUGUGUGUGUGUGUGUGUGCGUGUGUGAUGUAAGAGUAAAGAUUUGUCAAUUGUAUUAGCUACAUCAUCAAAUCAUUACUUUGAUUAUUUUACAAAAGAAAUUACAAUUCAUUUUUUUUAAUUGUUGUUGUUUAUACUGUUUAUGCUUUAUAGCACUUGAAAAACUUCUAAAUAAAUUUACAGCUCUUUAUUACGGA